AUGGAAACUAAGGAGGGAGAUGAAUCCUUAUCUCCGGCGAGAAUUUUGGAGCGUAAGAGUCAAAGCUUAGCUAUCAUCAUCAAGCCUCUCCAGAUCGAGUGUUCAAUGGCCGGAGUUAGGUUAUCGAUUCUCAGGUCACUUCACAGAUCGAAUAAAUCGUCUUCUAAACAAUCUUCUAGACCUUUUUCGAGGGUAGCUGAAUAUGCCAAUCUUGGACCAACAAGGUCAUCUCCGGUGAAGAAGAAGGAGCCGUACGCUUCUUUCAACCUCCUAAAUUCACAUGCCAGGGCCAUUGGUUGCGGAUAUACUCUUGAUGUAGCUUCUUCGACUGUCUCCUUUUCAUCGAAUUUGCGCCUUCACAAUGCCAUGCCUUUCAAUUACUCGACCCCUUUAUUAGCUCAUUCGUCUUGUGCACGAGCUUUCAACACGAAACCCGAUAAUCUCCCUGGCGCUACUGGUUCCGGUGACGGGAAUGGCAUUGACUGGGUUGAGAAGGCCAAAGAUGUCUUGCGUUCUAGUGUAGAUUCUUUUACUGAAACUGCAAAGAAGGCUCAAGAAUCCUCUGCUGAGCUGAGUCCUCAUGUGCAGCAGUUUCUAGACUCGAACCCGUAUUUUAAAGAAGUGAUAGGUCCCGUCAGUCUCACCAUGACUGGUACGUUAUUUGCUUGGAUAGUGAUGCCUAGAGUUUUGAGGAGGUUUCACAGAUAUGCAAUGCAAAGUUCGGCUGUUUUGCUUCCCGAAGGCUUCUCAAACGAAGAUGUCCCUUAUGAGAAAAGCUUCUGGGGUGCUUUGGAGGACCCAGCACGUUACUUAGUCACCUUCAUGGCUUUUGCACAAAUUGCCGCGAUGGUGGCGCCAACAACGGUAGCAGCUCAGUACAUUUCACCGGCAUUGAAGGGGGCGGUCAUCCUCUCUUUGGUGUGGUUCCUACAUCGGUGGAAAACCAAUGUGAUUACGCGAAUGUUGUCGGCUAAGAGUUUUGCUGGGCUAGACAGGGAGAGGGUAUUGACUUUGGACAAAGUUUCAUCGGUUGGUCUCUUUGCAAUCGGUUUGAUGGCUUCGGCGGAAGCUUGUGGGGUAGCUGUUCAAUCUAUCUUGACAGUUGGUGGAGUAGGAGGAGUGGCCACUGCUUUUGCUGCCAGAGAUAUCCUUGGUAAUGUGCUGAGUGGUCUGUCCAUGCAAUUCUCAAAGCCUUUCUCGAUGGGAGAUACAAUCAAAGCUGGAUCUGUAGAAGGUCAGGUUGUUGAGAUGGGACUUACAACAACAUCUUUGCUGAACGCCGAAAAGUUUCCAGUUUUGGUACCUAAUUCAUUGUUUUCCAGCCAGGUGAUUGUGAAUAAGUCACGCGCUCAGUGGCGAGCCAUAGCAUCCAAGAUCCCACUGCAGAUCGAUGACUUGGAUAAGAUUCCUCAGAUAACAAAUGAAAUCAAGGAAACGUUGAGGUCAAACACAAGAGUGUUCUUGGGGAAAGAAGCUCCUUAUUGUUACUUAUCCCGGGUGGAAAAAUCUUUCGCAGAACUCACUAUUGGAUGCAAUCUCAAGUACAUGGGCAAAGAGGAGUUUUACGCAACACAACAAGAAGUUCUUCUUGAGUCGGUUAAGAUCAUAAAGAAGCACGGUGCGUCGCUGGAGACUCCUUCGUCUUCUUCGCCUCGCAUCUUCUGUGCCAAUGCUCGCUUAGUUUCGACCAUUGUCAACUCCGGAAUCGGAAUCAGCUGGUUUUUGUGUGCUGUUGAAAUGGAGAAUUAUGGUUCGCAGUCUCCUCCACCAUACCCUUAUUACCCAGGAGGAGCUCCUCCUUAUAGGCCUCCCAAUUCAGAUCCAUACCCUCCACCUCCCCAAGCUUAUCCUUACCCACCGCCACCGCCACUUCACCACCAUGGUUCAAUGUCUCACUCGGGUCCGUUAGACUAUACCCACCGUCCACCGCCACUUCAUCACCAUGGCUCCAUGUCCCAUUCGGGUCCACUAGACUAUUCCCAUCGUCCACCCUCACUUCAUCACCAUGGUUCCAUGUCUCAUUCGGGUCCACUAGACUAUAGCCACCGUCCACCACCGUCGCCUCAUUAUUAUGAUCAGCCUCCUCCUUACCCUUAUCCUCCUCAUCAACCAACACUCCAGCCACACGCUAGCUUUGGCAACUAUCAAGAGCCAGGCCUGUAUCCACCACCACCCCAAGACCCUCCUCAACCGCAUUAUGGUCAUGGGAAUUUAAGCAGUGGCGGAUCCUCUUCCCCACCUCUUUACCCUCCUCUACACGAUCUUAUGGGCGGUCUGAGUGUCUCUGCUAGUCAGCCAAGCGCGCCAGCAUCGCCACCAGCACCCUCGGCUCCAUCUUUGCCUUCAAACUCCUGGCAGGGAGGUUACUAUGGAGACUCGUUUUCAAGCCAUUCACAUUUGUCACACUCGGGCAGGCUAGAUUCGUCUAGCCAUGGUUAUGCAUCGCCGCAUAGUCCCGGUAUGCAGAUUGUGCCCUCUGGCAAAGCCUCCUUGAAGGUCCUCCUGUUACAUGGGAAUUUGGAUAUCUGGGUUUCUCGUGCAAACAAUCUCCCAAACAUGGACAUGUUCCAUAAUACGCUGGGUGCUGUGUUUGGAAGCAUAACCAACAUGAUCGAAGGGCAGCUGAGCAAGAAGGUCACUAGUGAUCCUUACGUUUCCAUAUCAGUCGCGGGUGCAGUGUUAGGAAGAACAUAUGUCAUCAGCAACAGCGAGAACCCUGUAUGGCAGCAGCACUUUUAUGUUCCUGUGGCUCAUCAUGCUGCCGAGGUCCAUUUCGUUGUCAAGGACAGUGACGUUGUGGGCUCGCAGCUUAUAGGAAUCGUUAAAAUCCCGGCCGAACAAAUCUACUCAGGUGCGAGAAUUGAAGGAACUUACACGAUUCUGAGCAGCAGUGGAAAGCCUUGUAAACCAGGGGCAACCCUGACUCUGUCGAUUCAAUAUACCUCAACGGAUAAACUCAGUGUUUAUCACAGCGGAGUUGGUGGAGGUCCUAAUUACCAGGGGUGCCCCGGGACUUAUUUUCCGCUCCGGGAAGGUGGAAAUGUGACGCUGUACCAAGAUGCACAUGUACCUGAAGGGAUGCUCCCGGGAAUAGGACUCGGCAAUGGAAUGUAUUACGAACAUGGCAAGUGCUGGCAGGAUAUGUUUCAUUCCAUAUGUCAGGCUAGGCGUUGGUCAGUGUGGCAUAAAGUCAGGCUUGGUCGGGAGAAAGGAGAUCCUGCAGCAGAAUGUACACUUGGUGAGCUCCUAAGAUCAAAGUCCCGAGAAGGUGUGAGAGUCCUGCUUUUGGUUUGGGACGACCCAACUUCACGAGACAUCUUGGGGUAUGUAAAAGAUGGGAUGAUGGGAACCCAUGACGAGGAGACACGCCGUUUUUUCAAGCACUCCUCAGUUAAUGUCUUGCUAUGCUCUCGAAAUGCUGGAAAACGACAUAGUUGGGCAAAACAAACGGAAGUUGGAACCAUCUAUACACACCACCAAAAAACCUUGAUAGUAGAUGCGGAUGCUGGGGGGAACAGAAGGAAAAUCGUAGCUUUUGUAGGAGGACUUGAUCUCUGUGAUGGCCGAUAUGACACUCCUCAACAUCCUUUGUUUAGGACGCUGCAAACAGAUCAUAAAGGUGACUACCACAACCCCACUUUCACGGGUAACACCUCCGGUUGUCCAAGAGAACCUUGGCAUGACUUGCAUAGUAAGAUUGAUGGCCCAGCUGCGUACGAUGUCCUGACCAACUUUGAAGAGAGGUGGAUGAAGGCUGCGAAGCCACACAGAAUCAAUAAAUUGAAGACAUCAUAUGAUGAUGCGUUGCUCAAGAUUGAAAGGAUUCCAGAUAUAUUAGGAGUCUUUGAUGCUCCUACUGUUAGUGCAAACGACCCCGAGGCUUGGCAUGUUCAGAUCUUCCGCUCCAUCGAUUCAAACUCUGUCAAAGGUUUUCCAAAGGAUCCAAAAUAUGCUACUAGCAAGAAUUUGAUGUGCGGUAAGAAUGUGCUCAUCGACAUGAGCAUACACACUGCAUAUGUAAAGGCCAUUCGUGCCGCUCAACACUUCAUCUACAUUGAGAACCAGUAUUUCAUUGGAUCUUCCUACAACUGGAAUGCUCACAAGAACAUAGGUGCCGAUAACCUGAUUCCAAUGGAAAUUGCUUUGAAGAUUGCUGAUAAGAUAAGGGCAAAUGAACGGUUUGCCGCCUAUAUUGUCAUUCCAAUGUGGCCGGAAGGAGUUCCAACCGGUGCCGCUACACAGAGGAUUCUGUAUUGGCAGCACAAGACGAUGCAAAUGAUGUAUGGGACUAUCUACAAUGCGUUAGUGGAGGCUGGGCUCCAAGAUAAAUUCUCCCCACAAGACUAUCUGAAUUUCUUUUGUCUUGGAAACCGAGAAAUGGUGAAUGGGAAUAAUGAAGCGGGCACGGGACAUCCAAGCAACGACAACACUCCCCAGGCAUCAUGUCGAAAGAGCAGAAGAUUUAUGAUAUAUGUUCAUUCAAAAGGGAUGGUGGUUGAUGACGAGUAUGUGGUAAUUGGAUCUGCGAACAUAAACCAAAGAUCAAUGGAAGGCACGAGAGACACGGAGAUCGCAAUGGGAGCUUAUCAGCCUCAGCAUACAUGGGCAAGGCGACAAUCUGGUCCUCGCGGUCAGAUCUACGGGUAUAGAAUGUCACUGUGGGCAGAACACAUGGGAGCGUUGGAUGAUAGCUAUGCGGAGCCGGAGAGCCUAGAGUGUGUAAGCAAGGUGAGAAGAAUGGCGGAGGAGAACUGGAGACAGUUUAGGGCAGAGCAAGUGUCGGAGAUGAGGGGACAUCUGUUGAAAUAUCCGGUGGAAGUCGAUGGGAAAGGCAAAGUCCGGCCACUUCCCGGAAGCGAGGAGUUCCCUGAUGUUGGUGGUAACAUCGUCGGAUCCUUCCUUGCGAUCCAGGAGAACCUCACAAUCUGAAAACGAUUGCAUUUUGCACACAUUCUUUCUGAAACCUUGGCGUGUAUGUACAAUAACUGAUGAUUCAUUUGUUUGUAUAAAAUUACUGUAAUACUGUAAAAUUCUAAAGGCUUAAGGCUUUUAAGCUGUAAAGCAAAGGGCUAACACUGUAAGUCUCCACCCAUUGCGAAUAUCAUUGAACUUAGAUUUUUUGUGGAACUCAGUUUUGACCAAAUUGUUUUAGACCACUUUCGAU